AUGUGGUUGAACACAGUCACGUCCAAGCGCUCACGUAACCCCUCCUCCGUACCACACCCUCCACUGCAGCGAAGCCGUUCAUCGAACACGUUACCCUCGCGCUCCAGCUCGCCUUCCUCUAUACUCGCCGAGACACUGCGCAAGAAUGCUUUCCGCCCGAAGAAGUCCCCCCCGCCCACGGAGGAAGAUGCGCAAACGACAUCUCUAAACAAGGACUUACAUACGUUAGCCGACGUCUUCCCGGACAUCAAGGUUGAGGUCUUCCGGGAGCUUCUACGGCGUUUCGACGGCGAUAGUCGCGUGCAGAUAUGCACAGAGCAGCUGUACAAGUUCAAGGGAGAAUGGGCAGGUGGUCGCGUAGAGAAUCCUCCCAGAGAGCCUGGCAAAGCCAUUCCUGCUGAAGAGCUGUUCCGGUCCAGCAGUUACAUCAGCGCUUCUACGAAGGCACUGAUGCUCGAGUUCCGGUCGUCAAGCAAGAGCUCCGUCGACGCCGUUCUCGCAGAGGUCAAUUACUCGUACUCGAGGGCCCGGCCCAUUCUGCUUGACAUCGCAAAUAAGUCUAAAUGGGCCAUGUUCAAGCAAGCCAUAGGAUGGAAGCAGAAGCGCAAUCUGGGUGACGCACCAGCAGUCCUGUUCGAACGAGUGGUGGAUGGUAAACCGCAGCAAUUGAUAGCUACCGAAUCGGCUCAACUGGAUCAAGAGCUGGAGUCGAUCUAUGUGAGGGCCGAGCAACAGCGACAACAUGAAGUGACUGAGUCUGCAGAUCACGUGCUGGCAGCAGAGAUCAACCAUGAAGAGGCAGUCGAAGCUGCAGCCCUCUUCGAAUGCCAGGUCUGCUACAAUGACGUUCCGUUCGAGGACGUAACCUGCUGUUCCACAGGCGACCACGAUGUCUGCUUGGACUGUGUUCGCCGCACGCUUCAUGAGGCUAUCUUUGGGCAGGGCUGGCACCGGUCGAUCGAUGUCGAAUAUGGCACGUUAAAGUGCCUCUCAACAGCAGGCUGUACAGGACGCAUUCCUACGUUUCUGGUACAGCGAGCAAUCUUGACGCAGCCGUCCGGUUUGACCACCUGGGCCACGUUCGAAUCGCGACUCUUCGAGGCCAACAUUCAGUCUACAAACGUGGAGCUGGUUCGCUGUCCGUUCUGUAACUACGCUGAGGUCGAUCGACGGCUCGAUACCGCGGCAGCCAGGUCUCUUCGUUGGUCGCUUCGCAAGCCGGCCGUGCCUGCAUUUGCUCUGCUAUUACUGCUAGCGUUCCUGCCGGCCCUGGUCAUCUUCCUUGGCCCACUACUUUUUCUCUUUCCCUCAUGGUCGCAGCGUCUGUUCUACGACGCUCUGGCACAGGUGGCUCUGCAAAAUAGACGAUCGAAAUUCACCUGUCUCAGUCCAGCAUGCGCUCGGCCAUCUUGUCUGACCUGCUCGAAGGCCUGGCACGACCCGCAUAUCUGCCAUGAACCACUCAUCGUGUCCCUCCGGACAAGCGUCGAAGCUGCUCGAACAGCUGCGAUCAAGCGGGUGUGCCCGCGCUGCGGCACCGCCUUCGUCAAAUCAAGUGGAUGCAACAAGCUCACCUGCGUCUGCGGCUAUUCUAUGUGUUACCUGUGUCGCGCAAACAUUGGCAAGGCAGGAGCAGCUGGCAACGCUGAGGGCGCGGCAGGCUAUCGACACUUCUGCGAGCAUUUCCGACCGACAGCUGGGAAGAAGUGCACGGAAUGUGAAAAGUGUGAUUUGUAUCGGGAAGAGGACGAAGAUGAAGCGGUGAGGCAGGCUGGCGAGAAGGCAGAGCAGGACUGGCGGCACCGCGAAGGCAUGGUUGGGGUGAAGGGCCUCGAGGGUGCGGUUGGCAAUAUUGGUGGCGCGGGCGGCUGGUGGCAUGAGUUUCUGCGUGGACAAUGGACGGUGCAAGGUAUUGUAAAUUGGUCGGUCGGCAGGUGUGUCAUCGUCGAGGAGGUUUGA